AUGGGAUUCCGGUUGCCUGGAAUUGUUAACACCAAGAAAAGUCUUAUUCAACCUAUAUCUGCUGCGAAGACCUUAGAUGUCCCGAAAGGUUAUCUCGCAGUCUAUGUUGGGAAGAAACAGAUGAAGAGAUUUGUAAUCCCAGUAUCAUAUUUGAACCAACCUCUGUUCCUGGAUUUGCUGAGUCAAGCUGAAGAAGAAUUUGGAUACGAUCAUCCAAUGGGUGGUCUCACAAUUCCUUGCAGCAAAGACACCUUCCUUGAUCUCACUUCACGCCUGAAAGCCAUGGGUUUCCGGCUGCCUGGAAUUGUUAGACCCAAGAGAAGUCUUACCCGAUCUUCAUCUAAUGCAAACAAGACUGCUUCAAAGACCUUAGAUAUCCCAAAAGGCUAUUUUGCAGUCUAUGUCGGAGAGAGCCAGAAGAAGCGAUUUGUGAUUCCAAUAUCAUACUUGAACCAACCUUCAUUCAUGGAUUUGCUGAGUCAAGCUGAAGAAGAAUUUGGAUACGAUCAUCCCAUGGGCGGUAUCACAAUCCCUUGCAGUGAAGACACCUUCCUUGAUCUCACUUCCAGCUUGAGUGUGUGA